AUGUCAAUAAUAAAAAGACACACACGACAAGGGAAAACAAGACUAAAACUCCCAAGGAAAAGAGUUCUUAAAAAUAAAUCAACAAACCAAUAUAAACACAGAAGUAAUAAACUGAGAAUAGAAAAACACUCAGAUGAAACCAAUAACACUGAAAGGAAUUUGAAUAAAGAGAAUAAAAGCAGUGAAGAUGUAAGACCACCACCUCCUGUGAAGGAAAAGCGACCAAAGAACCACCUGAAGAGGCCGGACCGUGAUUCAGUCUCCAAGGAGCACAGUGUGGAAGGCAGCAGCUACCCACUAUACAACAGUGACAGUAGCUCAGAUGAUGAGGAUGCAGUGAGGCAGCAGAGAAAAAAGACUCAUAAGUACAUUCAGGAUAUAAAUAAGCCUGCAGAAAACAAAAAUAGAAAAGAGCAGAAAAGAAGAGGUCACAAUGUCAUUAACGAGGCAAAGAAGAAACCCAAGAGAAGACGGCGACAAAAACAAAAUUAA